AACUCUAUUCUUUUCUGUUUUAAGACUGCAACCACUGGGCUUCUGGUAGCUCUAAUGAAUAUCAUUUUGUUUUAUUUUACUGUAAAUGCUUGCAUGCUGAAGCCAAAAGAAAACAGUGCUGUUUUGGGUUUUCUGAAUGUUCAGGAUGGUCAACAACAUUAUCUUUUUAAAAUCCUUCAAGUUUCUUUUUUAAGUGAUAAAAGGGGAGAAAUUACUAGAUCUGCCUAAACUACUGCUUUGGAAAGGAGGGAAAACUCUGCCUCUUCAGCUUUGUUGAUUAGUCUUGUUUGCCUAGACUUCUUUUUAUGGAAGUGAUUAAGGAGCAUUAAUUUACGAAAUGUACAACAAAGGAGUUUAGUGUUUGGUACAUCCUCAUGUGCACUUCUGACACAGUCCCACAUGACAUUCUGAGAUGCUGGAGAAAUGCAGGAUUGACAGAACUACCAUGGAGUGGAUACAUAACUGGUUAAACAACUGUAAACAAAGAGUAACUAUUAAUGGACUGUCAGAAUGGAAGAAAGCCUCAGGAGCUGCAGUUUGAGAGACUUACUCGAGAACUUGAGGCUGAACGCCAGAUUGUAGCCAGCCAACUGGAGAGAUGUAAACUUGGAUCAGAGACUGGAAGUAUGAGCAGCAUUAGUUCAACAGAAGAACAGUUUAAUUGGCAAACGCAAGACGGUCAGAAGGAUAUAGAGGAUGAGCUCACAACUGGUCUCGAGUUGGUGGACUCCUGUAUUAGAUCACUGCAGGAGUCAGGAAUACUUGAUCCACAGGACUAUUCAGCUAGUGAAAGACCCAGCCUUCUAUCCCAGAGUGCACUUCAGCUCAAUUCCAAACCUGAAGGGUCUUUCCAGUAUUCAGCGAGCUACCAUAGCAACCAGACCCUUGCCCUGGGUGAAACAGCAACCUCACAGCUCCCAGCCCGCAGCAGUCAAGCCAGAGCUGCCAUUCAGAGCUACAGCCAGGGCACCACUAGUCGAGCAGCCCAUUUAGCUGGAUCUGAACCUUCUCAGUCACAUGCUGCUUCUCAGUCAAGAGAGUCCUUUGUGCCAAGCCAUGGGAGCGCGUUCCAUUUGCCUGAUUCCCAGCAUUCUUCAACACUUUAUUACUCCAGCUCCACUCUGCCAGCCCAGAGAGUGAGCUCCCCGCUGUCCAUGCAGCAGGUGGGCUCUCCAACCAAGCUCCAGCGGGUGGGUUCAGCAUCGGAGAGCGCUGGAUACAGCACCACACAGCGGGUCUCGUCUCCCAAGCAGUCUCCAAGCCGACUAGCCAAGUCUUAUAGCACCAGCUCACCAAUCAAUAUUGUUGUCUCUUCAGCGGGACUUUCUCCUUCCCCAAUUCGUGUGACUUCUCCACCCACCAUUCAGUCUAAUAUUUCCUCCUCUCCUAUACAUCAGCUAAGCUCCACCAUUGGCACUUAUGCUACUCUGUCGCCUACCAAACGGCUUGUCCAUACAUCAGAUCAAUACAGCAAGCAUUCCCAGGAACUCUAUGCCACUGCUACCCUACAGAGACCUGGCACCCUGGCAGCUGGGUCUCGGGCAUCUUACAGCAGCCAGCACAGCCACCUUGGCUCUGAAUUAAGGGCACUGCAGUCUCCAGAGCACCAUAUAGAUCCGAUUUACGAAGACAGAGUGUAUCAGAAGCCCCCUAUGAGGAGUCUCAGCCAGAGUCAGGGGGACCCUCUACAACCAGCACAUACAGGCACAUAUCGCACUAGCACAGCCCCAUCUUCCCCUGGUGUCGACUCCGUACCCUUACAGCGCACAGGCAGUCAGCACGGCACACAGAACGCAACAUCGACCUUCCAGAGGGCCAGCUAUGCUGCAGGCCCAGCCUCCAAUUACGCAGACCCCUACCGACAGCUGCAGUAUUGUCCUUCUGUUGAAUCACCAUACAGCAAAUCUGGGCCAGCCAUCCCACCUGAGGGGACCUUGGCUAGGUCACCUUCCAUUGAUAGCAUUCAGAAAGAUCCCAGAGAGUUUGGAUGGAGAGAUCCAGAACUUCCUGAAGUUAUACAGAUGUUACAGCACCAGUUCCCUUCCGUACAGUCCAAUGCUGCCGCCUACUUGCAGCAUCUCUGUUUUGGAGACAAUAAAAUAAAAGCAGAGAUAAGAAGACAAGGAGGAAUACAGUUACUGGUGGACCUGUUGGACCAUCGAAUGACAGAAGUCCACCGUAGUGCCUGUGGAGCUUUGAGAAACCUGGUAUAUGGGAAAGCAAAUGAUGACAACAAAAUUGCCCUGAAAAAUUGUGGCGGUAUCCCAGCACUAGUACGGUUGCUCCGCAAGACUACAGAUUUGGAAAUCCGAGAACUGGUUACAGGAGUUCUCUGGAAUCUAUCCUCGUGUGAUGCACUGAAAAUGCCAAUCAUCCAGGAUGCCCUUGCAGUGUUGACCAAUGCAGUGAUCAUCCCUCACUCUGGUUGGGACAACUCACCCCUCCAGGAUGAUCACAAAAUACAGCUCCAUUCAUCACAGGUGCUUCGCAAUGCCACUGGGUGCCUAAGGAAUGUCAGCUCUGCUGGAGAGGAGGCCCGCAGAAGAAUGAGAGAGUGUGAUGGACUUACUGAUGCAUUGCUGUAUGUGAUUCAGUCUGCUCUUGGGAGCAGUGAAAUUGAUAGCAAGACCGUUGAAAACUGUGUGUGCAUUUUAAGGAACCUCUCAUACAGGCUCGCUGCAGAAACAUCUCAGGGACAGCAGAUGGGAACAGAUGAACUCGACGGGUUACUGUGUGGUGAUGCCAAUGGCAAAGAUGCAGAGAGUUCAGGAUGUUGGGGCAAGAAGAAGAAGAAAAAGAAAUCCCAAGAUCAGUGGGAUGGAGUAGGACCUCUCCCGGACUGUGCAGAACCACCAAAAGGAAUCCAGAUGCUGUGGCACCCUUCAAUAGUCAAACCCUACCUCACACUUCUCUCUGAGUGCUCAAAUCCAGACACAUUGGAAGGAGCGGCAGGUGCACUGCAGAACUUGGCUGCAGGAAGCUGGAAGUGGUCGGUGUAUAUCCGUGCUGCCGUUCGCAAAGAAAAAGGCCUGCCGAUCCUGGUGGAGCUACUUCGAAUAGACAACGACCGGGUGGUAUGUGCAGUUGCUACAGCUUUACGAAACAUGGCCUUAGAUGUCAGAAAUAAGGAACUAAUAGGCAAGUAUGCCAUGAGGGACCUGGUCCAUCGACUUCCAGGAGGUAACAACAGCAACAGCUCAGCAAGCAAGGCCAUGUCGGAUGACACUGUAACUGCCAUUUGCUGCACUCUACAUGAAGUCAUCACUAAAAAUAUGGAGAAUGCCAAGGCCUUACGGGAUGCAGGAGGCAUUGAGAAGCUGGUUGGCAUUUCCAAGAGUAAAGGAGACAAGCACUCACCAAAAGUGGUGAAAGCAGCAUCUCAGGUCCUAAAUAGCAUGUGGCAGUACAGAGAUCUGAGAAGUCUCUACAAGAAGCGGGCGGCCCCAGGCUUCAGAGUGGCUGAGGACAGAGGAUUUUCACCUACCCAUCAUUCUGGGUCAUGGCACGCUCAGCGUAUUCUCUCGCAGAGCCAAGAAACCAGAAUCUAUUCCCAAACCCAGGAUGGAUGGUCCCAGUAUCACUUUGUAGCCUCAUCUUCAACAAUAGAGAGGGAUCGGCAAAGACCAUACUCUUCAUCACGCACACCCUCCAUCUCGCCAGUGCGCAUGUCUCCUAAUAAUCGCUCAGCAAGUGCCCCAGCCUCACCUCGGGAAAUGAUUAGCCUAAAAGAAAGGAAAACAGACUAUGAAUCAACUGGAACAAAUGCUGCUUACCAUGGUAAUAAAGGAGAACACACUUCCAGGAAAGACACCAUGACAGCUCAAAAUGCUGGAAUCUCAACUUUGUACAGGAAUUCUUAUGGUGCACCUGCUGAAGAUAUCAAACACAACCAGGUUUCAACACAGCCAGUUCCACAGGAGCCCAGUAGAAAAGAUUAUGAACCGUAUCAGCCGUUUCAGAAUUCGACAAGAAACUAUGAUGAGUCCUUCUUUGAGGAUCAAGUGCAUCAUCGCCCACCUGCAAGCGAAUACAACAUGCAUCUGGGACUAAAAUCAACUGGCAACUACGUCGACUUCUAUUCAGCUGCUCGUCCCUAUAGUGAACUUAACUAUGAAACAAGCCACUAUCCAGCCUCUCCCGAUUCCUGGGUUUGAGGCUUUGGCAAGACACAAAAAAGCUCCAGGAACUGUGCAUGUGCAUGCAUACCACAAGACAUUUUUUUCCUGCAAAUUUAGUUUGUUAAAGCCUGUUCCAUAGGAAGGCCCUGAUAACCAGUAUGGAAAAUUUAAGAUACUUUAGAAGGCUAAAGGAAAUGAAAGUUAAACAUGGAAGUCAUUAGAAAGAAAUAUAUAUAUAUAUAUUACAGUGUGGGACAACUUUACUGUUGGCCUAUAGAGUCUAAAACAAUCAUGCUGUGCUGUACACUGAAUGUGGCUGAAGGAAGGAGGUUGAAUAUGACAGUGGAUGUGGAUCAGGAGUUAAGCACAAGAAACUAAGCAGUUUACAUACUUUAUGGGGAACAGCUUCUCACACUUUGUUUAAUAUCCUUACUCAUUGUGAAUCUAGGCUUCAAGUUGCAUUUGGGGUUUCCUCUGUACAGCAAGAUGUUUCUUGCCUUUUGUUAAUGCAUUGUUGUAAAGUAUUUGAUGUACAUUACAGAUAAAAAAAACCAAGUGCAUUGUGUAUAUUACACCAAUGCCACAGUGUUUCUUCAUCUAUGGUUCUAAAUAUUGCUUCAAUUUCAAAAUUUUGAAAGAUGUAUGAAUUUCCAGUUUUUUUGUUUUCUUUUCCCCAGUGCGUUUUAACAACAACAACUAAAAGGAAUAUUUAGCAGUAUUGUUCGUUCUGAUAUGUGAAUUUGUUUGUGGCAACUAAAAAAAAAAAGGCAUUCAGCAGUUUCUGACAAUUAACAUUCAUCAUUCCACACUCCUUGUCAAC